AUGGACGUAGGAAUUUUCGGAUCAAAGAGUUCUCCUUGUUCGGCCCAGUUCGUCAAGAACAAAAACGCGAUGGAAUUUGCAGCGCAAUAUCCGGAAGCCGCUGCAGCAAUCGUUGAGAAACAUUAUGUCGAUGACUACUUCGACAGUGUGGAUACCAUCGAAGAAACGGUUCAGCGCGCAGAGCAGGUAAAACUCAUCCAUUCCAAAGGGGGAUUUGAAAUGCGAAACUGGGUUUCUAACUCAGGAGUAGUUCUCAGCAGUCUUGGGGAAACGAGAGCCGUCCAAACAAUACAUUUUAACCAGGACAAAGAAACGGGAAAUGAGCGGGUGUUUGGUAUCAUUUGGAAUACAACUCAAGACGUUUUAUCCUUUUCGACCGAGCACCGUAAAGAUAUGCAAGAUUAUUUGCAGGGCCGCAGGAUCCCGACCAAGCGCAUCGUCCUGAGUUGUGUCAUGGGUUUUUUUGAUCCACUGGGACUUCUUUCAUGUUUUACUGUGCAUGGAAAGAUGCUGAUACAGGAUUUGUGGCGUACUGGCUGCGAAUGGGACCAGGAUAUUGACGACGAGAGUUUGGUUAAAUGGAAGAAGUGGAUAGAGCUGUUGCCGCUUGUGGAGCAGAUUCGUAUUUCGCGACCAUACUUCAGCGAAACGCCCUCUUCGGAAAUCGACAGUCUUGAGCUACACAUAUUCACCGAUGCCAGCAUCAACGCUUAUGGUUGCGUAGCGUAUUUUCGUGCAACAGUUGGCGUUCAAGUUAAAUGCUCGUUGGUAAUGUCCAGAUCUAAAGUAGCUCCUCUUAAACUGCAGUCCAUUCCCCGGUUGGAACUGAGAGGAGCCGUCCUUGGGGCAAGAAUGCUACAAACUGUCGAAGCUACUCAUUCGAUUCCCAUCAAUCGUCGCUUUUUCUGGACGGAUUCUCAAACCGUUAUGAGUUGGCUGCGGUCAGAUCAGCGAAAAUAUCAACAAUUCGUCGCCUUCAGAAUUGGGGAGAUUUUGGAGACAACCUCAUUAACUGACUGGCGCUGGAUUCCGUCUAGGCUCAAUAUCGCAGAUACGCUGACAAAAUGGGGCAAAGGACCACCGUUGAUUUCCGAUGCAGAGUGGUUUAAUGGUCCAAGUUUCCUGUAUCAAUCGGCAGAAAACUGGCCAACAGAGAAACUGCCGCAAUCUAAUACGAAAGUCGAAAUGAAAGCAUGCCUGUUACACCACGAAAUAAAGGAACUUUCUGAGUCCGUAAUCGACGUGGAAGUGACGUGGUGCUGGCGUAAACUAUUGCGAAUCGGUGCGUGUGUCAUUAGGUUCAUUGACAAUCUCCGUCGCAAAGUGAAGGGACUUCCAAUACGUACGCUGCAGGCAACUGAAAAGCUGAAGAAGUUGUUAAAGUCGAACCAUAAAGGAACGCUACAACCAUUACAGCAAGACGAGUUCCUGAAGGCCGAAUUAAUUUUAUGGAGGCAGGCACAACUAGAGGCAUUUCCAGAUGAGGUAGUAACGCUUUUGGGAAACGACUUAUCGAAAAAGAACCGGAAACCAAUGCAGAUCGGAAAACGGAGCUUAUUGUAUAAACUUACUCCGAUCGUUGACGAGAACGGUGUGCUUAGGAUGGACGGCAGGAUGGCAAAUUCGAAGACAAUAUCUUUCAACACGAAGUUUCCCAUUAUUCUACCGAAAGGGCAUGCAGUAACUAAGCGAUUAAUACAACAUUACCACGAAAAGUUUGGCCAUGCGAACCGGGAAACGGUCUUCAAUGAGCUUCGGCAGGAGUUCUAUGUUCCAAAUCUGCGAACUGAAAUCUGGAAAGUCGCGUCUGACUGCAUCUGGUGCAAGGUGAACCGUUGUUAUGCAGAAAUUCCGAUGAUGGGACCCCUUCCGGUUCAGCGAAUUCAGUGCCGGCCAUUAAGUGCUGUUGGUAUCGACUAUCUAGGGCCAGUGGAGGUUAUCGUGGGUCGCAAAAGAGAAAAGCGGUGGAUAGCACUGUUCACAUGCUUGGCUAUCCGCGCAGUGCAUCUAGAGGUGGUGCAUGCAAUGUCGACGCAAGCUUGCUUGAUGGCCAUUCGACGAUUCAUUUGUAAACGCGGGACUCCAGACGAAAUCUUCUCCGACAACGGGACAAAUUUCAAAGGAUCCAGUAAGGAGCUGAUUUCGUGGGUGAAAAGGAUUAAUUUGGAAUGUGCCGAUUCAGUAGUUAGUAGCCAACUCAAAUGGAAUUUUAAUCCUCCUGGUACUCCACACAUGGGAGGUAUUUGGGAGAGGAUGGUUCGUUCGGUUAAAGAAGUGAUGAAAGUACUGGAUGACGGAAGCCGACUGACGGAUGAAGUAUUGCUGACUACUUUGGCCGAAGCGGAAGACAUGGUGAACACUCGACCGUUAACCUAUGUUCCCCAAGAUUCAGCGGACUUCGAAGCGAUAACACCGAACCAUUUCCUUCGAGGUAUGUUCAAGCCAGUCGAUGGUCAUGUGGAUAAGUCAACAGACUACGGUGAAGCAAUGCGCGACCUAUACAAACGUUCGCAAUGUUUGGCGGACCAGAUGUGGCGGCGUUGGUAUAAAGAGUAUUUACCGACAAUCAACAAGCGCACCAAGUGGUUUGCUGAACGUAGGUCGUUGAAGGAGGGAGAUUUGGUUUUCGUUGUGGAUGGACAGAGCCGUAAAAGUUGGGUUAGAGGAAUAGUCGGAAAAGUAAUCGUAGGAUCGGAUGGCAGAGUUCGGCAGGCAGAUGUUCGUACAAUGAGUGGCAUAUUUCGCCGUGGCGUAGCCAAUCUUGCAGUGCUGGAGGUUCGUGGUAAAUCCGGAACUCUUGAAGGAAGGGUACCGGAGUUACGGGCUGGGGUGUGUUAA